AUGGACCUCGAUAAACAAGAUGCUCUUAAUAGUAUUGAGAAUUCCAUUUAUAGAACAGCUUUCAAAUUACGAUCUGUGCAAACUCUGUGUCAACUGGACUUGAUCGACAGCUCCAUGAUCCAGGCCCUCCUACCAUGCCAGCACUGCUCGGAAGCCAGGGAGAACUCCCUCUCUGUGCAGCAGCUUUUCCAGGCCCUGCAGGAGUUGUUUGAGAGAGUCAGGGUAGAAAAACCAGGACAGUUGCAUCCUCGAGCUGCGGAACUCACCCUGAGCCUUCUCACAGCGAUGUAUGACAGCAUGGGAACGGGUUUUCUCCAGCUUGCACCUGCAGCUGCUGCCCUGAUUGCGCUCUCAGGGGACGACCCUCUUACAAAAUACAGAGCUCUUUUUCAGCUCUAUGCAGGGAACAACAGGGAGCACUAUGCAUCUGGGGCACGCAUGACUCGGAAGAUUUUGAGGAACCUACUAACUGAUCUACAGCAGAUCCCAACUGUAGUAGGGGAAAGUAGCGUUCUUUGUUCUGUGGAAAGUGCUACACAGAGCUGUUUCCAAGGGGUGUUGAGCCCAGCAAUCAAAGAAGAGAAAUUCUUAAGCUGGUUGCAGUCUGAGCCACCCAUCCUCUUAUGGCUCCCCACCUUCUACCGAUUAUCAGUCACUGAGAUGGUCAGUCAUCCAGUUCGGUGUAGUAUCUGCAGGAACUUCCCAAUCACAGGACUGAGAUACCGCUGUCUGAAGUGUCUCGACUUUGACAUCUGCCAGGCAUGUUUCUUAUCAGGGCUUCACAACAAGUCCCACCAGAAGUCUCAUCCUGUGACUGAGCACUGCGUUCAGAUGUCAGCAAAGGAAAAUGCAAAACUCCUGCUCAGGACCCUGAGGAACAACCUGCUACAAGGGCGCUGUAGGAGGAAAGAAGCUGAGAGAAGGCAGCGGCUGCCGGACCAGGUGAAUCCAGAGGGCUUGGCUAGCCCUGCCCACUCCAGGUUCCUUAAAAAACAGUUAAACCGAUACAAAGACAAGCUGAAAGCAAUAUAUGCCUCCCAGGAAGAAAAAAAUUACAGAUUUGAAACAAAGAUUCACCAGCUCACAACCAACCAGGAUAGUCUGUGGACCAACCUACAGCAGAUGGGACAAGACCUCCAGGCAGUGUUUCAGCCACUUCAUCCUUUGUCUUCUUCCUAUCAAAAUAUGGCUUUGAAGAGUGGCCAUCCCUUGGCUAAAAGGUUUUGGAGGGAGGGAGAUUCUUCUCAGAUCAAGAUCAUUGAGAAGGGCUCAGAAUUGGAACCUCUUCCUAACCCUGCCAUUGUUGGCAGAAGUCACCAGAGGCAAACAAAUACAGAGUAUGCACUACCUAAUCCAGAACCAUCAGAUGCCAUUUUGGAGCCAAGGUCAAAGCAAAGCAGCAGGGCACAAAGCCACGCCCAAAAGAUGCUAAAGGAAACCCUACUUGGUACUCAGGAAGGAUUACUGCAGGAUGCUCCUCAAUUUAUCCCUGCUGAAAUGAGCAGUCCUGCUCUGGAACCUGCUGGAAGGAAAGAGACCACUAACGCUGAGGAGAGGAAGGAUGAGCUGGAGGAAGAGGAACUGCAAGAACUGCUGUCAAAAUGUAUGACAGCCUUCACUCUUGAAAUGCCAUCAGGUCAGCAAUCUUCUGUAAACAUGGACCUGUACUGUGGAGCUCAGCAGGUGAGCAGGGCUUUCUCUGCCCUGAUUGAUCAAAUCACCUCGCCCAACUUGAAGUAG